AUGAAGAAGAACUGCUUUCUGUGUAAAUUCUUCAAGAACAUGAGAAAAACUUAUAAUGAGAAGGCAGCAGUUGACUGGAAGAACGGCAACGGCGAACAGCAAGAUUUCAACGAGAAUUCGAGAAAUCGAAGACCUUGGAAGAUGUACAAUUUUCGGACGAGAGCUAAACGAGCAGAAUUAUUGGAUAAACCUGAUGAUGAUCCCAGUGAUUGUGAAGUACAGUCUGACCCAGGCUCCGAACAAAAUUUAUCAGACGUGGGUGACAGCGACAGCAGUUUUUUCGACGAAGAUGACCUCCAAGACGCAAUUGAAACUGAACGGGCUUCAACAUCUCGUAAACGUCCAGCAGGCAAAAAUCUAACUGGAGCUGCUCCUGAAAAAUCGGGUAAACGUGGUCGCCCAUGCAGUAAAUUAUAUGGCAAAAAUAAAUUUGCUUGGGAAACGAGAAUCGUCGAACGAAGAUCAGAUCGUAUAACCAUUGAUGCAGUUCCGUAUGAAGCAAGCUUGGCGGAUGAAGCUGUCAAUUUGAAUUCGCUGGAGGAGUUUUGGGAUCUCUUGCUCAAUCGAGAAAUUAUUGACAUAAUCGUUCAAAACACGAAUGCAAAAAUCGAAGAGGUUUGUGCUCCACUGAUUGCUGAAGGCAGAGCACAAACGUACCACCACCACACUGACGCUCUUGAAAUCAGAGCCUAUAUCGGUGUUUUGUAUUAUGCUGGAUUAUGGAAGUCUUCUCAUGUGGACAACAACGAGCUCUGGGAUAAAAAAAACGGAAUCUACUUCUACAGGGGUGUCUUUCCUCGAAUGCGGUUUGAAUUUCUCCAGUCUUGUUUGCGUUUUGAUACACGAGAGAAUAGAGAUCCAGAUGACCGAUUUUCGCCAAUCAGAAUGAUUUGGUCCAUUUUCAACAAUAACUGCAGCAAGUAUUACAAUCCAAGCAGUCAAUGUACUGUUGAUGGACAAUUGCUUGGAUUCAGGGGCCGCUGUGUAUUUCGAAUGUACAUCAAAUCUAAACCGGACAAGUACGGAUUGAAGCUGAUAACUCUCAACGAUGCUUCAACCGCCUAUCUGAUCAACGCUAUCCCGUACCUGGGUAAAAACAUGGCCCUUGAUAAUCCCGAGAAGAUUCCCAGCGGAGAGUACUUUUUUCAAGCCGUAACGGCUCCAAUUCACGGCACCAAUCGCUCAGUGACGUGCGACAAUUGGUUCACUACGAUCCCUCUCUUGAACAGAAUGUUGAAAGAUCCCUUCAAAAUGUUUCUGACUGGAACUAUCAGGAAAAAUAAACGUGAGAUUCCUCUGGAGAUGAAAGUGACGUCAAAAAAUCCCCCCGAGACCAAAUUUUGUCACACCAAACAGAUCACUCUGCUCUCCUACACACCGAAGAAGAACAAAAUCGUCUUGGUGGCUUCGACUUAUCUUCAUACCCGAGAGAUAACGGAUGGCAAGCCGAAUAUCAUUCUGCAUUACAAUGAUACGAAAGGAGGGACGGAUACCUUCGAUCAAUUGUGCCACGCCUACACAGUCUCUCGCAGAACGAACAGGUGGCCGAUGCGAAUUUUCUUCGGGAUGCUGGAUCAAGCAGCAGUAAACGCACAUAUUCUGUGGAAACUCAAAGCUGGUGACACUCCAGAAUCCACUACUGCGAUCACUGUUCUAAAAAAAUUGAUUGAUCAUCUCACCGUACCCAUGCUUCAAAAGCGAUUGACCGAACCGUGUCUGCGAAAAGAGCUGCGAAUGGUCAUCACAGGCCUUCUCAAAAUUGACAAUGAACCUUAUCUGGACCACCUGCGUAAAGUCUACUUUGAACCUCCACGAAGGUGCAUGGAAUGCACUCGGAACAGAGACAAGAAAUCCCGCUACGGGUGUUGGGCUUGCGAGAAGGUGCUCUGCGACGACCAUCGCAUAACACUGUGUCCGAGUUGUGUUGGUCAAUGA